GCGCUUGUUGUGAGUAUUAGCGCAGUGGAGUGUCAAUUUUUUCCGUUGUAAUGUUUCCUUACGCAGGUGAGAAGAAACUCGGCACGGUAAUCACUCCCGAUACGUGGAAAGAUGGCGCAAGAAACACUACAGAAAGCGGUGGCCGCAAGUUAAAUGAAAACAAGGCAUUGACCUCAAAGAAGGCAAGGUUUGAUCCUUAUGGAAAGAACAAAUUUGCAAUCUGUCGGAUUUGUAAGAGUUCUGUCCAUCAGCCAGGGUCUCAUUAUUGUCAAGGAUGUGCCUAUAAAAAAGGCAUCUGCUCAAUGUGUGGCAAGAAGGUCUUGGAUACGAAGAACUACAAGCAAACUUCUGUCUAAUUGUAUUGUCUAGUCUUUUUAUGAACUUUAACUUCUGUGUCUGUACAGUAACUUUUCUCUAAAAUCAUUUGUGAAUAUUACUUUCUGGAAGAUAAUACAUUUACUUAGAAUGAGAUGAGAGGUAAAGACAACCUGAUUGUUUGCCUAGAAAGGUACGUAGUGUUUGAUUUUUGUUGUUUUAGCACUAAUGUUAACUGAUAUUUAAAGGUAACGGUUUGCAGCAACUGAUACAGUUUGGAGUGAAUGAGAAGACCCUAGUGGAUAGGUUGAAACUAUGUUACCAUCAUAACACAGAUCUUUGAGAUUAACACUUUUAUUCUUUUGCUGUAUCUUGAGUCUUCUGCUUGUCUGAUAGUAAUAUUUUAUAGAUGUAUAAAGUACGAGCUUGUAUCACCUCAUUAAAGUAGUAUCUUCAUUUAGUUCUAUGCUUACAGGUAUUUAUUAUUACUCUCACCCCCAACUAUGACGUCCUCCCCUCUAAGUACUGCUCUUCAGAUUUUAAUGCAACUGUCCUGUUGAAUUUUGUUUCUGUCUACAGUGGGGUUGGUUAAAUCACAAAUUGUUAAACUACUGAAAUCUAGUGUGUUACUCUGCCGGUUCUUACUUUGGCAGCAAGACUGAUUAGCUAUUCCCUUGUUAGCCUCUAAGGAGGCUUUACAUAUGGCAUCUGGUGGUCCAAGGCAAUAAAAUAAUGAGCAUCAAUUUC